UCAUUCAGUCGCAAAACUACCGUCGUUGGGGAAGGUUGUCGCUCGCAGUCGUUGUAGCCAACGGCAAGUGCCUAACAAAUAAAAAUCAUGUCUGCAAGGCCGGGAGGUUUUAAAAAUCCAUUCUCAAGACCAUGGAUGACCGAAACUGGCGCAGCGGCUGCGGCUGGGGGUUCAGGAUCAGUGGGUUUGAAAGGUGUUGUGGCCGGCGGAAUAACUGGUGGCAUUGAAAUUUGUAUCACAUUCCCCACCGAAUACGUAAAAACACAGCUCCAAUUAGACGAGAAAGGUGGCACUAAACAAUACACGGGCAUCGUCGACUGUGUUAAAAAGACUGUCAAAGGGCAUGGAUUCUUCGGACUCUACAGAGGCCUUAGUGUGCUCCUCUAUGGGUCCAUACCCAAGUCUGCUGUCAGAUUUGGUGUGUUCGAACAAGCGAAACUGUACAUGGUAAACGACAAUGGCACCCUAUCCACGACUGGCAAGCUGGCGUGCGGUCUCGCCGCUGGUGUAGCGGAGGCGAUCUUCGCGGUCACUCCCAUGGAAACCGUGAAGGUCAAGUUCAUCAACGACAUGCGUCUGGAGAAGCCACGGUUCAAGGGCUUCUUCCACGGCGUCAGGACCAUCGUGAGGGAAGAAGGUGUUGGAGGAGUGUACAAAGGUGUCACGGCGACGGUCAUGAAGCAGGGCAGUAAUCAGGCGAUCAGGUUCUUCGUGAUGGAAUCUCUCAGAGACUGGUACAAGGGAGGAGACAGGGACAAGCACGUGCCCAAAUACAUCGUCGCGUUGUUUGGUGGUGUUGCAGGUGCCGCCUCCGUCUUCGGAAACACUCCGAUCGACGUUGUCAAAACAAGGAUGCAAGGGCUCGAAGCGGCCAAGUACAAGAACACAUGGGAUUGCUUCAUCAAGACGUGGAAGGCUGAAGGUCCACUAGCCUUCUACAAAGGUACCGUGCCGCGUCUCAGCCGAGUAGUAUUCGAUGUAGCCAUUACUUUUACGAUCUAUGACAGCAUCAUGGAUGUAUUUAACAUGGUCUGGAAGUAAUAUAAUAGAUCCCAGGAGGAUUUCAGGAUGUAUGUGUCCAAGGAAAUGGAACAACUGAUUUGAUCUGAGUUUUUAAGCCCCAACUUUAGGACCAAAUAGUUGUGAUUCUAAUUUCUAUAUGAUGUACUUUUCAACAAAUUUUAACACAGAUUUAUCAAAAUAUUUGUUAUAAAGUUGAACCAUUCACUUGGACACGAAUAACCCUCCUUUAUUGUAAUUGUUUGGUAGGUAUCGGCCUACACUUAUCGUAGCCAAGCGGAGGCCCGGGGCCUGUGCGUAUCUGUGAUUGUCUGCCACUAGUUAAAACUCUUUGGUAUUUAGUCUACUGGCCUCUUAUGUGCUGCACUAUAUUCGUCGUUGUUAUUUUCG